AUGACGGCCAUCGGCGGCUCAUCCUCCUCCGCCGCCACCCUUUCCUCCUCCGUCAAAUUCCCCCCUUCUCAAUUUCCCAAAUCAUCCACAUUUUCUCCCCAUCCAACCCCUCUCAAUCCCCCCAAAUGCACCCUUCGUUCCGAAAACCCCCUCCCUCCAAACGCCGUCGUUUCAAAACCUUCUCCUCUCGAGAUACUCAAAACUUCUUCAGUUGACAGAUACACGAAGGAGAAGACUAGUAUCAUUGUGAUCGGACUCAACGUUCAUACAGCUCCUGUUGAAAUGCGUGAAAAGCUUGCUAUUCCAGAAGCACAGUGGCCGCAAGUUAUUCAGGAGCUUUGUGCUCUUAAUCACAUAGAAGAAGCCGCUGUUCUCAGCACAUGUAAUCGAAUCGAGAUUUACCUUGUUGCUCUCUCUCAACACCGUGCUGUUCGAGAAGUCACGGAUUGGAUCUCCAAGUUAAGUGGGGUUUCAAUACCUGAGAUUUGUAAGCACCAGAUCUUGUUGUAUAAUAAGGAUGCAACACAGCAUCUUUUUGAAGUUGCUGCUGGUCUGGAUUCACUUGUUCUUGGGGAGGGUCAGAUUCUUUCUCAGGUUAAACAAGUUGUGAAAAGUGGACAAGGAGUGCCGGGUUUUGAUAGGAAAAUCAGUGGUUUGUUCAAACAGGCUAUCUCGGUUGGGAAACGGGUUCGAACUGAGAAGAAUAUUUCAUCUGGGUCGGUUUCUGUUAGUUCGGCUGCUGUCGAGUUGGCGCUUAUGAAGAGAUCUGUGGCUUCCUUUGAUGAUGCGAGAGUUUUGGUGAUUGGGGCAGGUAAGAUGGGGAAGCUGGUGAUCAAACAUUUGGCUGCUAAAGGGUGUCGAAAAAUGGUUGUUGUUAAUAGAUCUGAAGAGAGAGUCAACGCCAUUAGGGAAGAGUUGAAGGAUGUUGACUUAGUAUAUAGACCUCUUUCUGAAAUGCUGGAAUGUGCUACUGAGGCUGAUUUGAUCUUCACAUGUACUGCUUCUGAGUCACCAUUGUUCUCAAAAGAGAACGUGGAGAUGCUUUCUUCGGUUGGCAAAGGUGUGGGAAACCGACUUUACAUUGAUAUAUCUAUUCCAAGGAACGUGGAUCCGGGUGUAUCAGAACUAGAGAAUGCAGUAGUGUACAAUGUGGAUGAUCUCCGGGAAGUUGUUGAUGCUAAUAUGGAGGAUAGACACCAAAAAGCCAUGGAAGCUCGAGGAAUUAUUCAGGAGGAAUUGAAUAAAUUUGAAGCGUGGAUAGACUCUCUUGAGACUGUUCCUACUAUUAAGAAGUUUAGAGCUUAUGUUGAAAGGAUUAGAGCUUCUGAGCUGGAAAAAUGUUUGUCUAAGAUGCGUGGUAACGUUUCCAAGGAACAGAAAGAAGCAAUGUAUGCCCUUAGUAUGGGUAUUGUGAACAAGCUACUUCAUGGUCCUAUGCAGCAUCUGAGGUGCGAUGGGAAUGAUAAUAAAAGUCUUAGUGAAGUUCUUGAAAACAUGCGUGCUCUUAACCGAAUGUAUGAUCUUGAGACAGAAAUAUCCUUAAUGGAAGAAAAAAUUAGAGUCAAGUUGGAACGGGCUAAGAAGUAA